AUGAAGAGCUCAUCAACUAACUGGAUAUCCUGCGGCCAGCCUUUCACUGAGCCUGCCAUAUGGAAGCCCAAGUUCUGCAUAGUUACCAACUGUCAGCUACUCCUAUUGGACAAACAAGAGGUAUUUAACUCCUACCAUAUAAUGAAUAAUAUAUGGUGUGAGGAUUGAAGAGAUGGGAAAUCAUGUAGGCCUACAUUUGUAUUUGCUUUUUUAAGGAGAGUGGAAUUCCACCCUCCUGGAGUGAACUGUCCCAUUGCUUAUUACCAGUAGCAACUGUAGCAUAAGUUGUCCUCAUUGCCUGCUGUCCUGGCUGUUCCUCAGAUCCACCCACUGCUGCUGCAGGAGCGCCGGAACGAGUCGUGCACGGUGUGGCUACUACGUCACACCCUCACUGUGCCCAGAGACCGCCACACCCUUGGAGACAAAACAGCCCUGGCCACAGACAGCAGUAAGUACAUUCUACCAACUCCUACCCUACCAGACUGA